AUGUGUGGGAAGCCAGAUCUGGCAUGGGAACAGAUUGCAAGUGGAGGUAAAGACAAGACAGUACAGCUAUGGGAUGCUGCAUCAGGAGAAUUAAUACAGGAGCUUCAGGACUGUGAGUCCGAAGUUGAACGAAUCAUAUAUUCGCCUGACAGUCAGGAAUUCAUCAUUUAUGACGACAAUUCCCACUUGCUGAGCGUGUGGGAUGCUUGGUCUGAGCAGAGGGUUUGGCUCUUGGAGCAUAAGAAGCCUGUCAGGGGUGUCCAAUACUCUCCUUGUGGGAAAUUCGCCACUUCACUUACCACGUUCAGGGCAUAUCAGUGGAACAUGCAGACAAGAGAGGUCAUCCAUACUAUUAUAGGCAAUUCUGGUUUUGGCUAUGAAAUAAGAUAUUCACCAAAUGGGGAACAGAUAGCCAUUUGUUGUUACGGCAGAAGAGUGCAACUUUGGGAUACCCAAUCCGGACAACUGAUCAACCCAUUACAUGGCCACACUAAUUUUGUAUUCCGUAUAGCAUAUUCACCCAAUGGCCACCAGAUUGCGUCGUUUAGCCGAGAUGGAACGAUACGUCUGUGGGACACACAAUCACAACAGUCUAGCCAUGGCUCAUAUGGGUAUACAGAACCAGUCUUCCGAGCAAAGUUUUUAGGGGAUGGACAACAUAUCGCAUCAUUCAGUUUGGAUUAUACAGUUCGUGUGUUGGACAGUCGAACAGGGAAAUGUAUCCAUACUUUACAACAGUCUACAUGGGACAUCAGGUAUUCAUCUGAUGGUCAGCUUGCCUAUCGUGGCAAAGGGAAUGACCCAUACAUUUACCUUUUGGAUACUCAAUCAGGCAAGGUUGCUCAUGCUGUGAAACCACCAAAUUCGGGUGAUAGCAUCAGCGGCUUUGUUAUUUCAUCCAUUGACCAUCAAAUUGCCUGUUGCUACUCUAAUGGAGAUGUGAGUAUGUGGAACACGCAAACGGGACAACUCAUACGCACUCUACAAGGAAAUGGCAGUAGAAUGAAGCAAAUGUUAUUCUCGCCUAAUGGCCGCCAAAUUGCUUUAUAUGAUGAAGACAAGAGGAUCAGAGUCUGGGCGACACAUUCAGGAGAUCCACUGUAUGAGUUAGAGGAUCUGGACUUGACUGCCUUGUUUGGCGAGAAAUAUUGCGUUUACUCACAUGAUAGCCAGAAGAUAGCAUUCAUCCAGGACAAAAAGGUGCAGCUACGGACUGCAGAUACAGGAGAGAUCUAUUUCGAAAUAGAUUUCAAGGAGGCUCAGAGAGUGAUUGCAUUUUCACCAUCCAGUCGACAGAUGGUUGUUGGAAGUGAUGAAGGGAAAAUCAGUGUAGUGGAUACUGAAUCAGGGAACGUGUUACAUGUACUUGAAGGCCACACUGAGAGUAUACAUGACAUGUCUUUUUCUUGUGAUGGCCAGUAUAUUGCCUCUGCCAGCAUGGAUAUGGCUAUACGACUGUGGGAUGCAGAGUCAGCCAAGUGCCUAAUAAUCAGCAAAGAGGAGGAUGGCCAGUGUUAUGCCCGCCUGAGAUGGAGCACGGAGCCAACAGGUCUUCAUGCUAGCAGUGCAAGGAUUCAAGGUGUUUCUGGCUUGAGUGAAACGAAUAGAAAACUGUUGGAGCAACAUGGAGCUGUUGGCAAUAUAAUACAGUGUUCGAUCUUCCAAGAGGCAGGUCAGGAGAAGACAAUGAGCUCCGCAUCAACCAAGUUUAAAAUACCAGAAAGCGAUGGUUUGGAUACAAACGCAAUGAAUAGUAAUCCCAGAACAAGACCAUUGAUUGCUAAAAAUAUAAGCCAGCUUCUGUCACUAAAGGCGGAUACAGGUCUCACAGAGCUUGAAAACUGGAUCGAGAGCAAGGUGGAUGAACAAGCAGUAAAGUAUCAAGAUGAUCUCAUCAAGGUUAUGACCAAUCUCCUCAAUAAUUCAGAGGCUGCUCAAUACCUUGAUGUACUUGUGAAAAUGGCUAGUUCAUCCGACAACCAAAAAGAACAGCAGCAACAAAUAAAACGUAGGUUUAUCCAGUCAUCAUCUAAAGAGCAGCAGCAAGGGGAUCAAGAAGAAAGCUUUGAAAGCAGUUCAGUACCCAAGUCAAGAAUAGCAUCUAAAACAUCGUCCGGACAACAGGACCAUCAACCACUCUUAAAACGGGCUCCUAAUCAAGACAUGAACAUGACCGCCGCAACUAUGAAUUCGCUUAUGGAGCCAUUUAUCCUUCAAUUACGACGAGAUAUCCGAAAUAUCCUCAUUUGGCUCUGCGCUGGCGCUCCCGGUUCCAAGAUUGAUGGAAAAGUUUAUGGAGAUGAUGAGUUUUCAAGACGAGCAACAAAGGCGGACAUCACGGCCAUCAGACAUCCUAAAGGAGCUCAUUAUCUUGCUGACAUUAUUGACCCAAACACUUCCACGUUGAUCUUGGCAUGCCUCAAGAGUUAUUAUCAGGAUUUUGGAGAGCAAUUGUAUUCUUUGGCAAUAGAGCGAUCUCAACAAGCCAAGGAGGCGAUAUUGUCCAAGUUACAAGAGUUGACAGGAGUUCCAAAGUUCCUUCUUCCGUUCUCUAUAGAGAAGAUGCUUGGACAAUCAGAAGGAUUAAAGAAUAUACUUCCGAUAAUAAGCCAGAGUUUGCAGCUAACUGAACAAGCACCAGGUGUAGUGAGAGAAGAAACAGAAGCAGAAGGAGGGGCCUUGCAUUCAAAACAGUUAAACAAGGCAGGCAGUUCCGAUGAUGGCCGUGUAGAUGACAGUGGUAAUGACAACGCCACUGAGGGCAAUAGCGAUGCUCAGAAACCAUCAGAGGCGCUUAAUUGGGUAGUCGAUAAUGUAUUGAACGAGUUCAGGAAGACUUUUGUGGAGACCACUCAAGAGCAAGAAGGAGACCAAACGGAAGAAGUGAAAACGGACAAGGCAUCGGAAGAUGGAGCGGAUGCUGAUGCUGAUACUGAUGCCGUUGCUGAUGUUGAUGCUGAUGUGGAUAAAGCCGAGAAUGUUGAUGCCAAGGAAGGAGGGCCUUCACGUGGAAGGAAACCUUCUGAGCCACGACAACGUGGUAGUGGUGGUAGAUCUGCGCAACAUGACAACAAGGACAAGGACAACGACAAAGUGGAGGCUUUGGGAAAGGAGCGUCUGCAGAUUCCUUCGGUAGAAUGGGUCCCUGAAUUCCUUUCUUCUCCUUUUUCUUCUUCUCCAAAGGAAGGAAAGAAAGGGAAAGGCCAUGCCAGGUGCGGCUGGAUCCAAGAUCGGCUUGGCUAAAAAUGGGGUAGUCAUCCUCACCCUCCUCUUCUUCUCUUCCUUUUUCUUCCUCAUCAAAAAUCGUCCAUGUGCAAAUGAAAGUUCGUU